AUGCCUUCUGCCAUACAAAAUGAAGAACGAAGAUUAGAUACUCUGGCUAAUUUGAUAAGUUCAAACUUGAGAACAAACGGAUGGUCGAACAUUCACUGCGUAGGACAUUUUCCUGACACGUUCCAUGCAAAGCUUAGACAACUGCCCUUUACUUUCACCGUCACAGUUCCAGAAGAAGAUGAUCAACCGAUGGACAAUGUGAUUUCCUAUUACUCAAAUAUAAUCGUAGUACAUGCUACCGAUUUUGAAGAGUUUGAGACAGCUUUCAGAAAAGCAAUGAGUUCACCGUACUGGCAUCCACAUUCCCAUGUGAUUAUAUAUUACCAUGUAAAAGGACAACAAGAUAUACCGAAAAUGCACAUGAUCUUCUGGUUUUAUAGAGCUUGCAACGCUAUCGUGGUACAAUUCGACGAUGACAAAAAACAUUUAUUGGCUUCGUAUUAUAAUCCUUACACAGGCGAUAAUUAUCAGCUUUCGAAACAGUUUGGGUGCUGGAAAGCAACGAAAAUUGGAAGGGUAGUGGGCCAGUUCAAUACCAGUUUCGUCUGCGUAGAAGGAUGCCACAAUAUAACGCUUCAUUCAAAACUCCGAAUCAUGUUUCUAGGCACUUGCAUCGGCUUUGAAACUCACGUGAUUCAAUACGGUGACAUUGAUACGUUGAGAACAGAAAAUCUCUUUGUAGACAAGAGCUUAGACUUACAUGGCUUCGUAUUAAGAGCACACGGAAUGGAAGUGCAGCCGUUUCUAAAAAUAAUAGAAAACGACGACGGCACAUACGAGUUAAAAGCGCGGGAUGGUUUGAUAUGGACUCUUGCAUCUGAACGUAUGAAUUUCAGGAUGGAUCUAUCUGCGAGCAGGGAUGUUAUGAAACGAUCCUUCAACUUCGAUGACAAUAUUCAGCAGAUCUUCAAAUUCGCAAAGAGACAGGCGGACCUACUUACAUUCCCAGUAUAUCUGUUUGAUAUUAUAAUAGUUGAAAUAGACCAGAGCAUAGCUUAUAAAGACAGUGGUGUCUGUAUAAUGUCGCAUCGAGCAGAUUUCGAAACAGUACUUUUCGAUGUUAAACUAUUAGAAGACAACAUUGAGCUCUUCGUCAAAUUUGUCGUUUGCUUUCUUUGUAUUUGGCUGUUAUUCUUCAUUUGUAACAUAGUUGAAAAAGGGACACCUAAUUGGGACCAAUUGGGACAGGAUUUGGUAAAUGCAAUCAGAAACAUAUUAUCGAUUAGUCUGCACAAGCCACCGAAGCGAAGUUCUUUUCGGAUCUACAUGGGCAUAUCAAUUUGGUGUUUCUUUGUAAUCAAUUUUGCAACACAGGCGGCUAUUAUUUCCUUUUUCACAGCAUUUAAAAGAGGAAAAGACGUGGAUACGUUUGAAGACGUUGUCAAAAAAGGGUACAUCAUAGAAGGAAUAGCAUCUCCAGAUAUGAUGUUGCCCGACACGGAAGAAAAGUUUGUAAAGAUUAAUUCAAAGUUGGUUUCAGUUAGUAAUUUAUAUGACUGCGUAGAGCACAUGACCAACAACAGCCGUAUAUUUUGCCUUAUAGACUGUGCGGUUGGUCGUUUUAUGCAAAUAAAUAGAUUAAACGAAAAGGGGGAGCAGUAUUUGCACAUUGCAACCAAAGACCGAAUUCACAGUCAUUACCUUACCAUGUUAUUCCAGAAACAUUCGCCUUUGACCAACACUUUCAAUAAAUGGAUUCGAAGAGCCAUGGAAGCCGGUUUGAUCUUGAAAUGGGAGCAAUACAGAUUCGGCGACAUAAAAGCCGAGGCUCUCAUUAAAGCGUUAAGUUUAGACGAUUUGAUUGAAUACAGUGAACCGAAUUGUAACGGCGCGGAAUUUGGCUAG